AUGCCUAUCGAUCACACCAUCAUAAACAGUACAUUAAGAAAAAAAUUGAAAAAAAAUAUGUAUGAUCGAACGCAUAUGCUGGAAACGAUUUACGAAGUUGAUGAGAACAUUAUUUCUAGUGAUGAUUCUUCGAAAUUUACGACUCCACGAUCUCGAUUGUCGUAUUAUAUUUGUUUGUGUAUGAUCGCUGGAUUCUUUUUUGUGGUUAGUAUUAUUAUUGCGAUUUCUUUGAAUCCUUCGCAUUUACCGAAUAAUUCAAGAAAUCUUCCGUUGAGUUCAAAGGACAAAUUAAAAUUAUCCAAUGAAAUCAUCAAUCAUCUAGACAGUUUUUCACAGCAGAUUAAUGAACAGUUAGACUUUCAUUCCAAUAGAUUAACGUUUUUCACUUCAACUAUAUCGAAUUCCUCAUUGGAUGUUCAAAAUCAAAAUACUAUACUUUUGAUUUAUGGUCAUCUUCCAUAUCCUCAAUCGUGCAUUGAUCAUAUUUCAUGCAAAAAUAAAUUGCAGUCAAAAUUCAAAACAAGUUUCACGAAAUUAUCUAAUUUCUUAACUAAAAUAGAAUUGUCUUCUCAUCAUGAGAAACAAAUUCAUCUUGAUUGGUGUAAUCUAAUCGAUAACUCGACAAUAAUGCUAUUAGUAUCAUUAGCCUCAUUUAAAAGUAAAAAUCAAAAUACGACAUCAGAUUAUAAUGUUUGUGAAAACAUUGAGCAACCUAUUCUCAAUUCAAAUACGAUGGAUGAUCUAAUACCAUUGCCUCUAUCCGUUAUCGUGGAUAAUCAAAAACUAAAACAUCACAAUGAAGUUCAUAAGAAUAGUCUUUCAAAUGAAGACGAAACACUUAUAAAUUAUAGUGCGUCAAUGAAAUGUUCAAAAUAUACUGAUAACAAUAACAAAAAUCAACAUGAACGACCCAAGCAUUCUCACCAUGAUACCAGUACAAAAUAUAUAACCAUAUGA